CACACCCACACCCCCACACACCCAGCAAGCAACCAGUAGCGCACAACUUCAUAUUCUCUCUACUCUCCAGUCUCCUCUACUCAACCAAAUCCCCCUCUUCUUUUUCUGAUCGAUCGAUAUAUUUUCCUUUUUUACUCCAGUGGGAAGGUUGUGGACCAACCUGUGCACUAACAAUCAUGAUAAGUUAUUUUAAUUAUUGCUGUUACUGGAUUAUUGGAUUAUUUAACUUAAAGGAGUACUUCCUCGUCCUUGUCCUUUGGUGUUUCCUGUGGUCUCCUGGUGUGCCACGCCCAUGCCUAUGCCUGCCUGAAACCAGCAAUCUGCUCAAAAGGAGGAGGCUAGAGCCUGGAGGUGAAGUCGGAGACAUGUCUCGUGUAUUUUCUCGCUCGCAUCCUUUCAAGCCAAUCAUAAAAUGGUUAAUCUUACUCCUUUUGCCAACAAUCGGGUUUGCAUCUACAGAGCCAGAUGUGGAAGUUGAAGCAUUGACCGAUUUGCUCACCGCGUUGAAAGAUUCGAGCGGCCGAAUAACAGAUUGGAAUUAUAAUUUCGUGAGCCCCUGUUUUAGCUGGUCUCAUGUCACUUGUAGAAAUGGAAAUGUCAUAUCCCUGAGCCUGGCUUCAAAUGGAUUUUCUGGAACAUUUUCUCCUUCGAUUACUAAGCUGAAAUAUUUGGCUAGCCUGGACAUCCAGAAUAAUAAUCUAACGGGCUUGUUACCCGUUUAUCUUGCAAACUUGACAUACCUACAGAAUCUAAAUCUUGCAAAUAAUAAUUUCAGAGGUCCUAUACCAAAUGCUUGGGGUCAGCUUUCCAAUUUGAAGCAUUUGGAUCUUUCAUCGAAUGAGUUGACAGGAAGAAUUCCAAUGCAAUUCUUUACCAUUCCAAAUUUCAAUUUCACAGGAUCACAUCUUGAUUGUGGUUCUAGCUUGAAGCAGCCUUGUGUUUCUGGCUCUUCUCUCCGAGCUUCAAACAGGAAAUCAAAACUUGGAACAGUUAUAACUUCAGCAAGUUGCAGUGUAUCAGUAAUUCUGUUGAUUGGGGCUCUUUUCGCAUAUCGAUACUAUCGCAUGCACAAACUAAAAUAUGAUGUCUUUGUUGACGUUGCAGGUGAAGAUGAGUGCAAAAUUUCCUUUGGCCAGUUGAAAAGAUUCUCUUGGCGUGAAAUUCAGCUUGCCACGGAUAACUUUGAUGAAAGCAACAUAAUUGGACAAGGAGGCUUUGGCAGAGUUUACAAAGGUGUCCUCUUAAACGAUGUACAUGUUGCAGUGAAACGCCUUACUGAUUAUAACAGUCCUGGUGGAGAGGCUGCAUUCCUUAGAGAAGUACAACUCAUUAGUGUUGCAGUUCACAGGAAUCUUUUACGGUUGAUUGGAUUUUGUACAACCCCAUCCGAGAGAAUCCUUGUUUAUCCGUUCAUGAAAAAUCUUAGUGUUGCAUAUCGCUUGAGAGAUCUAAAACCUGGUGAGAAAGGGUUGGAUUGGUCGACAAGGAAGCAUAUUGCUUUCGGUGCAGCCCAUGGUUUGGAGUAUUUACACGAUCAUUGCAAUCCAAAGAUAAUACACCGUGACUUGAAGGCUGCAAACAUUCUUCUAGAUGAUAAAUUUGAGCCUGUUCUUGGAGAUUUUGGGCUAGCAAAGCUGGUUGAUACAGAAUCAACUCAUGUUACCACUCAAGUACGCGGAACCAUGGGGCACAUUGCCCCGGAGUAUUUGUCCACCGGAAAAUCGUCAGAAAAGACCGAUGUUUUUGGAUACGGUAUCACACUUCUCGAACUUGUCACUGGUCAGCGUGCAAUAGAUUUGGCUCGGCUGGAAGAAGAGGAGGAUGUUCUUCUGCUUGAUCAUAUCAAGAAGUUGCUGAGAGAAAAUAGGCUUGACGACAUUGUGGACAGAAACAUGAAGAUGCAUGAUCCAAAAGAAGUUGAGACCGUCAUUCAGGUUGCGUUGCUGUGCACUCAAAGCUCACCAGAGGACCGUCCAAAAAUGGCAGAAGUUGUUAGAUUGCUACAAGGAGUGGAUCUAGCAGAGAGAUGGGCCGAGUGGGAGCAGCUUGAAGGUGUAAGGAAUCGUGAAUUCUCACUCUUGUCUCACCAGUUUGCUUGGGCUGAAGAGUCUACACAUGAUCAAGAAGCUAUACAGUUGUCCAAGGCAAGAUAGUGUUCCUUAAUAAUUAGAUGCUCUAAUCUAAAUUAAUCCAAAAACUCCACUUCAUAUCUCGAAUAUUACAAAUUAUUAAUUGUCUCAUAUCUUAGUAAUAAUUAUAUAAAUCUGUGUGUAAAGAUAUAUAAGAGAGGAGAAAGGAAAAGAAAGGUGUGGGAUAUCAUACAUGCGUUUGGAACAUGUUCUUAUGGAUAUGGUCUGUAUAUGCAUGAGAUAUUUCUUUAGGUGUUGAGUCGGAUUGAACCAAGAAACUUGAUCAUCAAUUCAUCUUUCCAAUAACAUCCA